AUGCCAAGAUCCAAAACUCAAACAACGAGACGAAAGUCCAAGCGUUUAGAGGCACUGGAAUCGUCCAACGCUACCUACAGUGACGAUCAUAGCCAAAUAUCUUCUUCUUUUUCUGCUGCUGCCUCAGAAAGCAAGGCUGGGCGAAAGAAACGAUCUUCCAAAGUGGCAUUCGAGUCAUCUUCGAACACCAACGAUGUCCGCAAAACUUCUUCGUCUCCAUCAUCUACCAGCAAAUCUUCUCAACACCUUCCAUUGAGUAGUAGUUCGCCAGAUGGUCCCCACCGACGACUGCGGAAUCGAAAAUCUACUACCAAUGAAACUGAUAAUGAUCGCAAUGCCUCGAGAGGACGCAAGCGCCGUGGAUCCAUCCAAGCUGCUUCGACUGCUACUGACGCCAGUGGCACAAACACCAACAGCACCAACAGCACCAACAAACGAAAAAAGACGACUCGGCUCGCCGUCAACACAAAGGCGGCUUCAUCAUCAUCAUCGUCUCCGUCCAGCAGUGACGAGGAAACCAAUCCUGCCGUUUCGAAAACCAGGGCGUCCCGGCUGAAAAAGACCACACAGGUCACACCCUCGCCUGCCAAUACUGCUGCUACCAACUUGAACACGAACUUUGAUUUUGAAUCGCCAACUUUGCAUCGUCGACGGUCGACAUCGAAUGCUUCUUCUUCCUCUUCGGACGUUGGCAUUUCUGCUUCUUCUCCCACUCUCCCAAACGGCGUCUUGGAUUUGUAUCCUUCCAAGGAAGCGUUAGCAGCUGCAGCUCCCAAAUCCAAAUGGCAAUUCGGCCAGGACGAUUGUUCCGCCGACAGUCUGACGGCCAGUUUCAUUCAAUCCUAUGGCCAAGAGUAUUGGACAUUGCUCAAAUCGACAGAGGGGCCCACCAUUGCGGAUCAAGUUCCACCUUCUCCUCAAUCUAGCAAUGGUCAUGGAUCACCCCAAUCCAGCACGCAAUCGUCCGACGCUUCUUCCCCCAACACUUCCAGCAGCAGUAGUAGCAGUGGAGUUCGUUCCAACGCUACUCCGGUCCAACGACGAGACUAUGUCUAUGUGGAUGCCUCUUGCAACCUUGAAGUUCCACAGCCCACCGAAUCCAAUGUGUAUCUAACCUACCAACCCGAAUUGAGUCCCAAAAUGCGGGCCAUUUUGGUGGAUUGGAUCAUUGAAUUGUCAGAACACUUUCAUUUUGGACCUUGCUCUCUCCACUUGGCGAUUACUCUGGUCGACAAGGUAAUGGCGUGUGGGCCACUGACCAAAAUAUACGAUGAUGAUGAUGACAACGAAGAAGAUGAUAGUGGCGAUAACCCAUUCGCGGCGGACAGUUUGGACGAUGCCGAAAGCAAGACCAAUUGCUUUUUCAUUUCGAGAGAUCGCUUUCAACUGCUAGGCGCCGCUUGCACCUGGCUCGCCUGCAAAAUGGAAGAACUCUCUCCACCCUCCGUCUCGGAAAUUGCCUACGUCUCGGACAACAUUUACUCGACCGAACAAAUCAAGCGGAUGGAGCGUCGAAUUUGCAAUGCGUUAAACUUUUCGCUCUUCCAUCAGACUCCCUACUUGUAUACCACGGAAUUCAUUCGGGCUUCCUACGAAUGUCCCGAUCCAGCCUGCAUGCCCAAGAAAACAUCGCCCGUCUUUUACCACAUGGUCAUGUAUUUGUUGGAGCUCUGCCGAUUGCCAUACCAUCCCGUCACCCAAAAGCCCAGUCUCUUGGCGGCCGCCGCCGUCUAUGGGGCCCGGGUCACCUUGGGCGUCCAAUCCAACGACCGGACUUUGGACCAAAAUGGCAGAUGGAGCCGGACCUUGGAGCAUUACACGGGAUACUCCAAGGAAGACCUGCGUCAAACGGUCCUCCUAUUGAAUUCCUACCAUCAGGCGGCCGAAGACUCGAGCCUCAAAUCGGUCUUUGCCAAGUAUCGGACCAAAAAGUAUUUGCGGGUGGCCCUCAAGACGGUGCCACAAGUGUCCGAUUUGGGGUUUGGAACAACAGUGAGUGAGUGA